AUUUUCAUGGUGCAUGUCUAAUUGCAACACACAGUUAUACGUACAUGCAUUCCUCAAUCAUCGAUCGUUCGUUUUCAGGAAAUUAAUAUCGAUUGGAAUAAUAACUUACGACCUGUUGUUUACACUAGGUUAGGUAGUUAAAAAAUAAAAACAUGACGGCCUUGUAUUUAGAGCACUAUUUGGAUAGUUUGGAGCAUUUACCUAUCGAAUUACAAAGGAAUUUUACAUUGAUGCGCGAUUUGGAUGCUAGGGCACAAGGAUUAAUGAAAGACAUUGACAAAUUAGCCGACGACUAUUUGAAGAAUUACAAGAAAGAGUCACCGGAAAAGAAGAAAGAACAACUCGAUCAUAUUCAAAACUUAUUUAAUAAAGCCAAAGAAUACGGUGAUGACAAGGUUCAAUUAGCGAUACAAACCUACGAGUUAGUGGAUAAACAUAUCAGAAGGUUAGAUUCAGAUUUGGCAAGAUUCGAAGCGGAGAUACAGGAUAAAGCUUUGAAUAGUAGUAGAGCGCAAGAAGAGAAUAAUGCUAGUAAAAAAGGUAGGAAAAAAUUGAAGGAAAAGGAGAAAAGGAAGAAAGGUGCUGCCGGCGCCAGUAGCGAAGAUGAGUCCAAAACAGCUAGAAAGAAACAAAAAAAAGGUGGAUCUGUUGCUUCUGCUUCGUCCGUUGGUGCUGUAGGAAGUGGGGCUCAAGUUGAUUCUACCGCGCUUGGCCAUCCAGCCGAUGUUUUGGACAUGCCGGUUGAUCCUAAUGAACCGACGUAUUGUCUUUGUCACCAAGUUUCUUACGGAGAAAUGAUCGGUUGUGAUAAUCCCGAUUGUCCUAUAGAGUGGUUCCAUUUUGCUUGUGUCGGAUUAACUACCAAACCUAAAGGGAAAUGGUACUGCCCCAAAUGUACGCAAGAUAGGAAAAAAAAGUAAGUGUUAGGAAAUGGAUAAAUAUAUUUGUCUAUUUUACAAAAAAAUUAAUAAAAAUACUCGAACGUUAUUUCUAAAACUAGGAUAUAACCCUUUUCAUGAUUCAAACGUGAAACCAACUUAAAUUGUGUGAAAAAAAAAAA